AUGAACGUGAAGUGGUUUGCAUCUUUAGCUUUUUUAGUUCUUCUCGAGACUCCCAAGACUGAGGGUCAAGAUGUACGUGUGAAGCUUUGCGGUCGUGAGUUCAUUCGGAUGGUGGUCACCUCAUGUGGAAGCUCUCGACUCAGACGAAACGCACCCGGUUCAGACCUUCACUUCGCAAACCCGCACAGGAAUCUACAAAACUGGCUCGACAGAGAGGCGCACCAGAGAGGAACCCUGACUGCUGAGGACGAUCAGUGGAGGGAGCGUGACUCCCCUGAGAGCGGGACAGAGCGUCCGGCCCCCCAUCAGCACACAAGCCCACCAGCAGAGCUUCUGGGACGCUCCAGCACCGCGCAGGAUCUCAGCAUGUCCUCCAGGUCCCGCCGUGAUGUGGGGCCAGCGGGCGUCUGCUGUACUUCAGGAUGCACCAUGAGCGAACUGAUUCAAUACUGCUGA